CGAUCGACCGGAAGGCGAAUUAAAUGAUCUCUCAGAAACUGGUAUUCGUGCAGACACUUCUCGACACGCACAACCUUACCUCCAAUGCAGCGGGCCUUUGCCUUGACUGCUCCUGCUGGUGCUUGCUACUUCGGGAGACUGCGCCAUCGCAUGUUUGGGACUCUACUCCUGGGAAGAGAGAUAAGAAGGAAUAAUACCUAAGAAAACAGGACCUGGCACAAAGAGAGAUGACAGCCAAGUCUUGAAUCGGAAUGUGCCAGCCCUGAAAGAAUAUCGCACAUUUCUCAGAUCUCGGCGCAAAGCGGAAUGCGCCCCGAAUGCGCUCUGCAUGAUACAAGAGACCCGAAACAACAAAGCAAAGCAGCAGCAGCCACUGCUGUUCUCUGCUCUGCCUUCUGUCUCUUGCAGUCUUUGGUUUCUCCCAUUAUCAGAAGAGAAGCUUCCUGAAAAUGGAUGCACUGGCAGGGGAGUGUGAGUGACCCAGGCCAGGUUGGCAAAAGCCAUCUGGUGAUCAGUGACCGGGAAGCUUGCCAGAGGUGAGGUAAGGUUAGGUGCGGUCAGUGUGGAUUACCACGUCUGCAAGCGCUCCGCUGGCUGGGUGGAUGGCUGGCCGUGCGAAAAGCGCCCAGUUGGCAGCUCCUCGCACCCUGGCGCAAGGGCUAGAUGAGGAUGCGAUCGGGGGGGAGCGCAAGCCCGGAAAUUGCCCAAAUCACAGAUAUCAAGAAUCCAUUCACAAUACCUUAAGCCAGUCCAGCCUGUUCCAUUUGUUCCAGUCCAGUUUGUUCUGCUGUUCUGCUGUUCUGCUGUUCUGCUGCUCUCUCCAUUGUGUCUCGGUGGCACAGUGUCGAGGACUGCCCUGAACGGAUCCGCGCAAAGGUCAGGCAGUUUGGUGUGCGGGUGUGCGAUUACCGGCAUCUGCUCUUUUAAUGCAGAUUCUUUGCGACUCCUCCGUUCUCUUCCUCGCCCACAACCUCCGAAUUGCUCAACCCGGUGCCAUCAAACCAACCAAGUUCCUCUGCUCAGUUCCUCCACGACACCACCGCUUCCCCAACCUUGCCAUCCAACAACUUCCCAACACCGUCCGGCAGCACCCCAGCAGCACCCACAAGAGUCGGCUUGGUCCUUGCGGCACUGGCGGUGACCUCAAUCAAGGAUAG